AUGGCAUCCAACACAGCAAAGUACCCUGCGGUCAAGCUUCCGCACCCUUUCCUGACCACAUAUCGCGUGCACGCCGUCAGCGAAACAAGCCUAGCCAAGCUCGUCUUGGCUCUCGAGGAUCAACCCCCUGCCGGACGACCCUUGGACCAGCCGCUGCACCUCGAUUCCCUCUCCUGGCUCGAACUGACAUUCCCGCCCAAGGACAAGAGUCCGCCUCCAUCCAACAACAGUGCCUGGGCACGAGCCCGGCGCAGCCCGCAAACCAAGUUCCAGUGGACAGGAAACAGCGCACCUUCUCUCGGCCAAAUCUGGAACGUUGUCCACGCCAUCUACCUCGCCCACUCGACGUACGAGUAUUUCAGAGUCACCCUGCAUGGCGCACAGAAAGACGUCGUCCGCCGCGAACUCCUUUCCACCGGCUUAGCAGUCGAGCACCCCAAGCCAUGGCGCCCCGCUGACGACCGCACCGCCCUCUUCACCGACGAGCUCCUGAUCCUCCGCAGUUCCUUCUGGCAAGGCGCCGCAUCCCCAACCGGGCCGCGUCCAAUCUGGGUAGUCGGAGACGGCACCGACGGCUCCCUCCGCCGCCCUCUCUCCCAGUACCCCCUCAUGCCCGAGAACUACGAGGUCACGAUGAAGUUCCCGGACGAGCCGAUCUACUCCCGCCACCCGGUGCGCCGGCCCAAACCGCAUCCCGGGUCGAUUUGCUACAGCCGCUACAUCCCGGAGGUCGACGAGCACUUCUCGCUCGAGGUCGUCGACUGGCAGAACGCCGAGCACCUGCAGCUGUUCAACACGUGGCAGAACGAUCCGCGCGUCGCCAAGGGCUGGAACGAGACCGGCACGCUCGACCAGCACCGGGAGUACCUGCGCCGUCUGCACGAAGACCCACACGUGCUGUGCUUGUUCGGCCGCUUCAACGACGCGCGGUUUUCGUAUUACGAGCUGUAUUGGGCAAAGGAAGAUCACUACGGCUUCCACUCCGACGCGGGAGACUGGGAUCGCGGCCGCCACUCGUUGGUUGGUGACGCGUCGUUCCGUGGGGCGCGCCGCGUCAACGCCUGGUACUCGAGCUGCAUCCACUACUGCUUCCUCGAUGACCCGCGCACGGCCAACGUCGUCGGCGAGCCGCGUGCUACCGGCUCGACGAUUCUGUCGUACGAGAAUUCGCAGGGGUUGGUCAUUGGGAAGUACGUGGACCUCGGGCAUAAGCGCUCGGUGCAUUCGAUUUGUAGUAGGGAGAAGUGGUUCCAGCUUUGUCCGCUGUUCUGGGAUGGCAGGGAGAAGCCGUUGGAGAGUGCGGAUCGGGCGGCUUGGAAUGCGAAGUUGUGA